CCCCGUGAGUGACUGAGAGACCCCCAGAGGGCCUUUCCUUUCCCAACUUCGGGUGCUCACACCGGAGAUCCUGGGCUCACUCGGUACCACAAAACUUUUUGAGUGACUCUUUUAGGAAGUCUUUCAACUUUUAAGUGUAACGUUUCCUGGUUGCCUGGUUACUGAGGAAUGAGGUCGCUGAGCUGGAGAGGAAUUAUGUUGGAAUAUGAAAAACAUGGAGAAUUAAAGACAAAAUCGAUUGAUUUACUUGAGCUUGGUCCCAGUACUGACGUCAGUGCUUUAGUCGAAGAGAUCCAGAAAGCAGAGCCUCUGAUCACAGCGUCACGAACUGAGCAAGUCAGGCUGUUAGUACAGAGACUGCAGGCAAAGCUGGGGCAGCAUAUCAACCACAUCUUCUACCUCUUCAAGGUUCUCAGAGCGCAUAUAUUGCCGUUGACUAAUGUUGCACUUAACAAAUCAGGCUCAUGCUUUAUCACCGGAAGCUACGAUCGCACGUGCAAGGUCUGGGACACCAGGUCCGGAGAGGAGCUGCACACCCUGGAGGGCCACAGGAAUGUGGUCUACGCCAUAGCAUUCAACAAUCCUUAUGGUGACAAAAUCGCCACUGGCUCCUUUGAUAAGACUUGUAAACUAUGGAGUGCAGAAACAGGGAAAUGUUACCAUACCUUUAGGGGACAUACAGCAGAAAUAGUCUGUUUGUCAUUUAACCCUCAAAGCACACUGGUGGCUACCGGAAGUAUGGACACCACGGCCAAGCUGUGGGACAUUCAGAGCGGAGAGGAAGUGUUCACUCUCACGGGACAUUUGGCAGAAAUCAUUUCCCUGUCAUUUGACACCUCCGGAAACAGAAUCAUUACAGGGUCUUUUGAUCACACAGUCAUAGUGUGGGACACUGCCACUGCAAGGAAGGUGCACACCCUGAUCGGUCACUGUGCUGAGAUAAGCAGCGCUGUGUUCAACUGGGAUUGCUCUCUAAUACUGACUGGCUCCAUGGACAAGACCUGCAUGUUGUGGGAUGCUACAAAUGGAAAAUGUGUGGCAACCUUAACAGGCCACGAUGAUGAAAUACUAGACAGCUGCUUUGAUUAUGCUGGAAAGCUUUUCGCAACUGCUUCAGCUGAUGGAGCGGCCAGAGUUUACGAGACAGCCACAAGAAAGUGCAUCGCCAAACUGGAAGGUCACGAAGGGGAAAUUUCAAAGAUUUCUUUCAACCCCCAAGGCAACCGCCUUCUGACUGGCAGCUCUGACAAAACAGCUCGAAUCUGGGAUGCUACCACUGGCCAGUGUCUGCAGGUUCUUGAGGGGCACACGGAUGAGAUCUUUUCGUGUGCUUUCAACUAUAAAGGCAACAUAGUCAUUACAGGUAGCAAGGAUAAUACCUGUAGGAUAUGGUGUUGAUUGAAGAAGUCUGCUGAUGACUCAAUUCGUAAGCGAUUGUGACCAAGGCCUUGAGCUUCCCACAUGACAAGCGAGCUGUGUUCAUAUCUCAGGAGCUUUCUCUUUUUAUACAAGCACUCUGGCCUUAAUUUCGCAUAUUUGACCAUUAAAACUGGUGAAGUUUUAUCAUUUGUUGAUAUUAUUUGAUGGGAAUGAUUUCAUAAUAUUUAGUGAAUGCCACUAGUUAUUUCAGUUGUGUUUUAUUUUAGUAGCAUCAUAAUGCUGAUAAGUAAAAACAGAACAAUUUAACAAUAUGUCUCCUAGAUUCUCCUUUCAAGGCUAUUGUCAUAAUUUCUGUUGCAUAAAGUUUUCUUCUGAGAAAAUUCCUUAUAAAUUGGAUGUCUGCUAUAUGUUUUGGAGUGGUAUAAAGAAAAUAAAAUGGUGCUUUUUAAAUGGCAAAUAUAUUCUAGAUUGACAGAGGGCUGAAAAAAGUGUAAGCAGAGCUAAGCAAAAGUUAAACAGAAUAGACAUUCCAACUACUGAAUUUAAAAAUCUGGAUGGAAAACAAAUGAAGCAUGAGAAAGAAUAAUCAAAUCAAAGAUCAAUCUGAGUGUGGCUGGAAUAUUAAAAAGUGGUUUUUUAAAGGUUGUAAAAUUGCUCAAAUGCAUAUUAAAAAUUAAUGUUAAAAGUUAAAGCACAAACUAAAAUUAAUAAUACCUAAAUUUAGAAUAAGAAAAUACAUGAGAAUCUUAUAGAAUAAAUCUUUUUUAAAAAGCUUUAUUGAGAUACAAUUGAUAAACAAAAAAUUGCACAUACAUAAUGGAUACGGUUUGGUGAGUUAGGGCAUAUGUAUAUGCCUGUGAUACCACUAUCAUGAUCAAGGUACUAAACGUAUCUAUUACUUCCAACAAAGUGUGUUAUCUAGAAGUUUCAAAAUAAGUUUGUGAUUAAUUUGUGGACCUGCAAGAGAUGAGAAUUCUAGAAACAUUAUCUUCAGGCUGUAAGUACAGUGAGGGAGAAGAUGCGGUUUGUUUUGCCUUUUGGGAGAUGUUGGGUGUGGUUCUUUGAACAAAGUUGCCUUUGCAAAUCCUUUCUUGGGGUAUUAAUCAAGUAACUGCCACAACACGUCAGAGGUCCGUGGAUUUUACUGAACGAUGAAGAGAACGAACAUUGCUGACUGACGACAUGUGGAACAUGUGGCUCGCACACCUCUCUUUGUUCUCUUAUCACACCAGGUGGCAGUGUUGAUCUUUUGGCGGAUAAGUUCUCGUUUUUCUUACAGCUACAAAGAAGAGCAUGAAGAGUAGAGUUCAUGCCAUGUCCCUUACAGAUCAGGGUUAUGUGGGGACACAGAACAGUUUAAAGCUUGGGAUUGUCUUGGCCGAUCUGUGGUAAACGAGUUAUCUCAUUAAUUCCGCUGGGCACACAGAUGUUUUCCCACUGACUCACGAGGACGCAGCCCAGUGAGGUGAAUAAGAGACAGCUCUGUUUCUCUGUACAGGUCCCUCUGUUGGGAACCAGAUUAUGAUAAUUUGUUUUCUAACGAAGUAGUCCGUCAAGGAAUCCAAUACUCAUUUAUGUCUUUAAAUGCUAAUAUUUGAUCAGAGUAAAUAUAAAUUAUUUUACAUUUUAAUAAAAUUUAUCAUAACUUCAGUGGAUUGACAGUCUAAAUACCACAAGUACUCUGAAUUUUGUUAUUUUCAUGUAACUAUACCUAAAGGGCCUGUAUUAUUAUUCUGCCUUGCCAUUUUUUGGCUCUGGGGCUUUCAGAAUUCAAACACUUCCUGAGGCUGUUAUCUUUUUAUAAACUGGAACUAAUAAUAGUAUGGAGGAAAUUUGUAUGGAUUGUAUGAAUUAAUAGAUACACGGAGAGCCCGAUACAUAGUAAGCACUCAUUUAGUCAGAGCUAAGAUUUGUGGACACUGUAUAAGUGACUUGGAUUUAAUUGAGUUAAGAUCUAGGAAAGAAUUCGUACAUUUCAGGCACAUUUUUCUCAUGAAUAUAUUAUGUCUUAGAGCAUCCCUGCUAUAAAGUGUUCCAAUUCACUUUUUCCUUAGAAAAGGGAGGUUAAAGACAUAUAGAGAGUGUUUUGAGUGAGCAUCUCUCAUGAAUUCUUAGAGUGUGAAUAAGAUUUGGGUUCAUCUUAACAAACGUGUUGUUUAUAAGUCUUAAUCAGCCCAGUUUCUCAGUACCCUUUCCCCCAAAGUUUGAAUUUCUAAGCAAGUCACAAAGCCUCUUCCAACCUACACUGUAAUGGAAAUCAUUGUUGGUGAGGAGGAAGACUUAAACGUCACUAAUUAAAGUGAAUUGCAAAAUUCUUCAUGAAAUCUUUCCCCUUGAGAUAAUAAAAUUUUCUUUAAAAAAUAGGAAAAUGUCCAAAGGUGUAGGGGUGGUGGGAGGGGAAGGGGAAAUGGAAGAAGGGAAAGGAAAAAUUAUGAGAAAGAAAAAAAAGAAUGGAAAC